AGCCAAGUCAGCUUCUUCAAACAACUCAAUCAUGGAGGAGGAGGACCCAUUUUCUUUUCUGACUAUCUCUCUCUUUCUCCUCUCCUCCUCCCAUAAACCCCAUUAGUCCACACAGAGGAACCCACCUUUGUUUGGGUCCUCCCCCCGCCCCCCCAUCCCCACACCCAUUAGCAGACAUGGCAGAGCACAACAAGAAGAAGCCAUCACCACCAGCAUCAACUCCAACAACAAUAACUCCACCACCACCACCAUCAGCAGAUAUCAAAGACUUCAAUAUCAUAAUUGCAUCCAAAGAUGAAAACAAACACCACCAACAAUUGGCUCCUAAACGCACCUCCAACAAAGAUCGUCACAAGAAAGUCGAUGGCCGUGGCCGCAGGAUCCGCAUGCCUGCCCUCUGCGCCGCCCGCGUCUUUCAAUUGACUCGCGAAUUAGGCCAUAAAACCGAUGGGGAGACCAUUCAGUGGCUUCUACAGCAGGCCGAGCCGUCCAUCAUCGCCGCUACUGGCUCCGGUACUAUCCCGGCCUCCGCCCUCCACGCUGCUGGCGUCUCCGUCUCCGACCAAGAAACCUCCAUCUCCGCUGCCCUAACCCCCAAACUCGAUGGCGUCGCCAGGCCGAAUUGGGCGAUGAUGGGAGCUAAUUUGAACAGAUCUCACAUGGCGACGGCCGGAUUCUGGCCUUCUCUGGGAGGGAUCGGGACGGGUUUCGUGAGCGAGAAUUCGGGUUCGAUUAUGCCGAAAUUCGGGUUCCACGGAUUCGAAUUUCAGGGGAUGAAUUUGGGAUCGAUGAAUUUCCCAACGAUAAUCGGGAAUCAGCAUCAGCAGCAUGUACCAGGGCUGGAGCUUGGGCUUUCGCAGGAGGGAAAUAAUCUGAGAGGGAUGUUGAAUCCGCCAUCGUAUUCGCAAAUUUAUCACCAAAUAGAGCAAAAUCGGGACUCCUCUGGGGGCGGCUCAUUGGAGCAGGACCAAGCUCCUGAAAAAGACGAUUCUGAACAAUCGAGGUGAUGAUUAUUGAAGAAGACGACAGGGUUUGGGAUUUGUAGGUUUGUGAAAGGAAGGAGACCCCAAAAUGAGCACGACCAAGAUAGGAUUGCUUCAUAUUUGCGGUGUGUUUUUUUUAGUGUUGUUCAAAUUCAGGUGAAGUUUGAGGAGAAGAGUGGUUUGGUUGCAAGAUUGCUUUGACUUUCAUUUCUUCAAUAUGGAGGUGUGUGUUUUUUAUAGAAAUAAUUUGUAGGAAAAAAAAUGAUUGUAUUAUUAGUAAUUGUAUGAAGC